GGAGGAGCGGAGGGGAAGGACAGGACGGCGGAGAUCCCCCCCGUCCCCGCGGGCUGACCCUAGUCGAGCCGUGCCGAGCCGUGCCGGGAUGCGCGCUUAGCGCUCGCCCCGCGCUGAGCUCAGGCCCCGGCGGCCGCACCCGGAGCCCUCCGGCCGCGGCCAUGGAGAAGCCCCCGGGGGUCCAGCCUCUCUCCCACCCCCUGCAGCCCUCGGCCGAGCCGCAGCCGGCGGCGGAGAAGCGCUUCAGGCUGUGGUACGUGGGCUGGUCGUGCCUGGACCGGCGCACCACGCUGCCCAUGCUGCCCUGGCUGAUGGCCGAGAUCCGGCGCCGCGGGCAGCGGCAGGAACCCGGCGGCUCCCUGGGCAGCGGCGUGCCGGCCCGAGAGGUGCUGCUGCAGCUGGGGUCCCCCACGCUGCGCUGCGUCCCCGCCGGGCCCCCCAGCCCCGGCCCCGGGCGCCCCGGCAGCCCCGCGCCCGCCGUCUUCAUCUUCGAGCACAAGGCGCAGCACAUCGCCCGCUUCGUCCACAACAGCCACGACCUCACCUACUUCGCCUACCUGAUCAAGGCACAGCCCGACAACCCCGACUCCCCCAUGGCCUGCCACGUCUUCCGAGCCACCGACCCCAACCAGGUUCCUGAUGUCAUCAGCAGCAUAAGACAAGUCUCCAAAGCAGCACUGAAAGAAGAUGCCAAACCAAGUAAAGAUAGUGAAGAUGCCUUCUAUAACUCUCAAAAAUUUGAGGUCUUGUACUGUGGAAAGGUGACGGUGGCUCACAAGAAGGCUCCCUCGUCAUUAAUUGAUGAUUGCAUUGAGAAAUUCAGCCUUCAUGAGCGUCAGCGCCUGAAACUAUUAAAUGAACAGCGGAAUAAUGAGUCAAGUUUGGACUUACCCCUGUGUGAAGGAAAUGUGCCAUCUUCUCCAUUGGAUAGCCCAUUUGAGGAGCUGGAGAGCCCAAAUAACACCACAGAACAUGCCGCGAUGUUUACAAUUGGCAGCCAGACCAACUUGACCAACCUGGCCAGCACACGUAGCUCAUUUCCAGAGCGAAUUUUAGAGGACUCUGGCUUUGAUGAGCAGCAGGAGUUUCGUUCCCGGUGCAGCAGUGUCACUGCAGUUAUGCAAAGAAGGGUUCACGAUGCAAACCUGAAAAUACAGCCACGCAGAAGACAUGCAAGUGCACCCAGUCAUGUUCAGCCCUCCGAUUCUGAGAAGAACAGGACAAUGUUGUUUCAGGUUGGAAGAUUUGAAGUUAACCUCAUCAGUCCAGACACCAAAUCUGUUGUGCUUGAAAAGAAUUUUAAAGAUAUCUCCUCAUGUUCUCAGGGUAUAAAACAUGUUGAUCACUUUGGCUUCAUUUGCCGGGAAUCUGUUGAACCUGGGUUAAGCCAGUAUGUUUGCUACGUGUUCCAGUGUGCAAGUGAGUCUCUGGUUGAUGAGGUAAUGCUUACCCUGAAACAAGCCUUUAGCACCGCUGCAGCUCUUCAAAAUGCCAAGACACAGGUUAAACUGUGUGAGGCCUGCCCAAUGCAUUCAUUGCACAAACUUUGUGAAAGAAUCGAAGGGCUUUAUCCACCAAGAGCCAAGCUAGUAAUCCAGAGACAUCUGUCAUCACUAACUGAUAAUGAGCAAGCAGACAUUUUUGAACGUGUUCAGAAAAUGAAGCCUGACAAUGACCAGGAAGAAAAUGAACUUGUGAUCCUACAUCUACGCCAACUCUGUGAAACUAAGCAGAAAACACACAUUCACAUUGGUGAAGCACCGUCGAUUACUUCUAACAGUGCAAUUCCAGAAAACACCACCAGUGGUGGCAGGUUUAAGCUUGACAUUCUGAAAAACAAGGCCAAGAAAUCCUUGACUAGCUCCCUGGAAAAUAUCUUCUCAAGGGGAGCCAACAGAAUGAGAGGCCGCCUGGGAAGUGUGGACAGCUUUGAGCGCUGCAACAGCCUUGCUUCUGACAAAGACGCUUCACCGAGUGAUUCUCCACCGGCCACUCCUCCGGCAUCACCCGUGUCCUCGGCCUGGCAGCCGUUUCCUGAAGAGGACUCAGACUCCCCCCAGUUCAGGAGGCGCGCACACACCUUCAGCCACCCGCCCUCCAGCGCCCGGCGGAGGAUAACCUUCCAGAACGGGAGGUCCCAGAGUGCCCGGUCCCCGCUCCUGCGGCAGAGCUGCGUCGAGCCGCCGAGCCCAAUUGUUGGGGUUCGACGCUUUUUCAGUGAGAGUGAAUCUACAUCACCUGGUCUCCCUUCCUCUGUCUCUGCCCCUUCUUUCUUGAAAACCCUUUACCAGGGCUCAGGAAGGUUACUCCAGCACUCUGAAAAUGACCUCUCCAAGAGUGAUGGUGAGGGAAAGAAAAGAACAUCAACUGUCUGCAGCAGCGAAUCUCUAAAUGCUGUGGGGGCCACGCUCACACCUCGCCGCAUCUCCUGGCGGCAGAGAAUAUUCUUGCGGGUAGCUUCACCUAUGAACAAAUCUCCUUCGAAAAUGCAGCGUCCAGAUGGUCACGACGGAAGUGAAUUGUUACCAUUAUCCCCUCUUGCUCCACCCUUGGAGGAGGACCCUCUUAUUUUAGCAUUGCAAAAUGAGGAUGGUACAGAUAAAAUUGGAGAGAAGAAAAACUCAGAAGAGCUACAAAGUCUGUGGAGAAAAGCCAUCCAUCAACAAAUUCUAUUGCUUCGAAUGGAGAAAGAAAACCAGAAGCUGGAAGCAAGCAGAGAUGAGCUCCAAUCAAGAAAAGUCAAACUGGACUACGAUGAAGUUGGUACAUGUCAGAAAGAUGUCAUAAAUGUUUGGGAUAAGAAGUUAAUUAACUGCAGAGCCAAAAUUCGAUGUGACAUGGAAGAUAUUCAUGGCACUUUGAAAGAAGGUGUACCAAAAAGUCGUCGGGGAGAAAUUUGGCAAUUUUUGGCUGUGCAACAUCGAGUCAGACACAGAUUGCCAAACAAGCAGCAGCCUCCUGAUGUCUCUUACAAAGAACUUCUGAAACAACUGACGGCACAGCAGCACGCCAUCCUUGUGGAUCUAGGACGAACAUUCCCUACACAUCCUUACUUUUCUACCCAGCUGGGAGCAGGACAGCUAUCGCUCUUUAAUCUCCUGAAAGCAUACUCUUUGCUGGACAAGGAAGUGGGUUAUUGUCAAGGUAUAAGCUUUGUAGCUGGAGUGCUGCUUCUACACAUGAGUGAGGAGCAGGCCUUUGAAAUGCUGAAGUUCCUCAUGUAUGACCUUGGCUUCCGUAAACAAUACAGGCCAGACAUGAUGUCACUACAGAUUCAGAUGUAUCAGCUGUCAAGGCUUCUUCAUGAUUAUCACAGAGACCUCUAUAAUCAUCUUGAAGAAAAUGAAAUCAGCCCCAGUCUUUAUGCUGCACCAUGGUUUCUUACACUGUUUGCAUCCCAGUUUCCAUUAGGAUUUGUAGCCAGAGUAUUUGACGUUAUUUUUCUUCAAGGAACAGAAGUCAUAUUUAAAGUAGCACUGAGCCUACUUAGCAGUCAAGAGACGUCUAUAAUGGGAUGUGAGAGUUUUGAGAAUAUUGUUGAUUUUCUUAAGACCACUAUUCCAGACAUGACUCAGCCUCAAAUGGAAAAAAUUAUUACCCAGGUGUUUGAGAUGGAUAUUUCAAAACAGCUCCAUGCCUAUGAAGUAGAGUACCAUGUUCUGCAGGAUGAACUCCAGGAAAAUGUGAAUCCCUGUGAUGAAGGUGAACCUCUGGAGAAGCUGGAGAGGGCAAACAGCCAUCUGAAAAGGCAAAACAUGGAUUUGUUGGAGAAGCUACAGGUUGCUCAUGCUAAAAUUCAGAGUCUGGAAUCCAGCCUGGAGACUAUUUUGACUCGAGAGAGCAAAAUGAAGACUGUAAUUCAGUCCCUGGAACAGGAGAAGAUAACAUAUCAAAAGACUCUUGAGCAGAUAAUGAAAUAUUUGCCAGCAGAAGCAUUGUCUGACUGUGAGCUACUCCUGAAGGAAGUAAACUACAAUCCAAAUAAUAAAACAAAAUGAGGAAUAAGCCAUAAACCAGGGUUUUCUAGGCAGCAUUUUGUCAAAUAUUAAGGGAAAGAAAAAUGAGUUUGCUGCUUUCAAAGGACUUAGCAAUAGGCAAUUAUUAUCCAAAACUAGUGCUGGGACACUCAUAGCUACAGAUGGGCCUUCAAAUCCCAGCAUGCAAAUUCAGGCUAUUAUUUUUUUUAAUGAUUAUGUAAAUAAAUCACAAGGGGGAAAUAAAGGAUUCUCACAUGUAAUUAUGAUGAAUAGAUGUAUAUUUAGAGUUGACCUAAAGGAAAAGAUAAAUUUUAGUAGUCAGAGCCAAGGUAAUGGUAAACUACAAUUUCACUCUGGAUGUGCUUGUCUUGUAGUGAAAUGAAAAUAGCGUGUCUUUAUAUAUAAAUACAUAUAUAUAUACAUACAUAUAUAUAUAUAUAUAUAUAUAUGUUGAAUAAUACUUGAAGAAGAAAAAAAGAAUGUAAUUGCCCUCCAAAGAGCAGCAUGUUUCACAUCUUCUGUGGAAAAUCUGUGUGAACUCUGCGUGCCUCUCUUUUAAUUCUACUGACGUGUGCGUAGACCAGUAAUGCAGAAUAAGUAUCAUGACCUGGUUCAUACAGGAAGAACUCUAGUGCCAUACACUGCCUGGGCUGUACCAGUCAGCAAUGUAAUUCCACAUGCAUGUUGGACCUGAAAAAAAGCAUCACAUCAUCGCCAAGCCUCCAUAACUCUGACUUAAGAAAUAGGUAUCUAUACACACGCAGAACUUUUAAAAGUAAGAGCUAAGAGUGAUACCUUCUUCCUGGCUUGCUUGUUUCUGCCUGUACUGGCAUUGGUCAGUGAUUAUGGGUGGAAGGAAGUAAAGCUGUGGAGUGGUAUUUAUUCUGAUGUUAAUUUUCUGCAGGAUACUUGCUGUCAUAAGAUUUAGGCAUAUAAAAGGUUCUCAUUUAACCAAAGAAAUAUUGCAAGAAGCCUUGUCUUAUCAUAAUGGGAGCCAGAAAGCUAAUAUGAAAUUUUGUUUGAAGAGAAAAUUGAGGUAGGUUGCAGAAAGAAGAGUGUAAGUGCACUGAGAGAGGACCAAGCAAGUUGCAAAUAUUAUGUACACCUCUCAGUGGAUAUAAAUUUCAAAGGGGAUUCUGAAGUACAGGUGCAGUUUAAUAAUAUUUAAGGUUAUUCCUGUUUUAAUCCUGCUUUGUGGUCUUUUUUUUUUUUUUAAAGAAAAAAAGUCAUGAAUUUGUGUGUUCUGAGCAGAAGGUGAGGUAAGCUCUGGUCAUUUUGUGGGAGAAAAUAUCUUUAUAACAGUAUAAAAAGUCGCAUUUGGAUUUGAAAAUGUUUUGAAGUGGAAUUUUGGAGAAGUCUUAGACAAAUUUGUAAUAGACACGUAUUUUGGAGUGCAUGUCUGAACUGUUAAUCGAGUGUUACCGUGGCUCAUGUUAUCUCUUACCAUUUAUACUGUAUUUCAGGAAACACUUUUUUUUUUUUAAAGAAAAGCAAUUAAGCAAAGUGCCAAAUCCAGCUGUGUCUUUAUGCAUAAGAUUGUCCAAUUUAGAAAGCAAGUACUGAAAGAAUAUUACGUUUUAUUUUAACAUAAAUAAAAGUGAGGAACAACAAUGCUGAUUUGCUGCACACUGCUGCGGAACUUAGGGGCUUGGGGUCUCUUGGGUUCUUUUGUUGUUGUUUUUUUUACUUCCAUGGUGUUUUACUUGAUUAAAAAUAUUGAUUUACUUAAUGGUCUUUCUUUUUACAGUUGGGGUGCAAGGUCUUAACACUGUGUAUAAAAUUAUGUGGAAUUUGUCUAGAUAUUUCUAGAGUAUUGUAUUGUACCAAGUGGGAAAAUGCCAAGUGAAAAGGCAGUUCUUUGCUGUUUUGUUCAAAGUAAGUUUUAGCUGAUGUGUAUAUACAAAAACCAAUCCCAGGAACUGCAGUAGUGUGUAUUACAAAGAAUCAAGGUUAUUCAGAUGCAUCUUUUUUUAAGAUGCACUGAAUGUGCUUUAUCUUCUGUUUCACUUAUCAAAUUUUUCAUGUAAUGCCUGGAGAAAUUCCAAUAAAU